GCUCAAAUGGAUAUUUAUCGGGAUUUGAUACUACGACAUCUAAUUCAGGAUAUAAAUACAACAUGUACCAAACUUGGACUACCAACAGACCCACAAGCUUGGAGUGCCGAACAUAGUGCCCGUUGGAUGUCUGAAAUGUGCGUGCAAUUUCAACUUCCCCCACCACGACAAUUAUAUAUGAACGGUCGUACUCUGUUAUCGAUGACACAGGACGACUUUAUGGUUCGAGCACCAGAAGGUGGUGACACGCUGCAUGCACAGCUACAAUUAUGGAAAACUGCAUAUGAUUCAUACAGCCAGCAAAAUAACAGCAACAACAAUAAUAACAAUAACAACAAUAGCAAUAAUAACAAUAACAACAACAAUAAUGAUAAUAACGGGAACAGUCAAGGCACCUCACAAGUAACCGAAAACUGCAAUCGUUCCUCACAAUACUGGGUGAAUCCUUCUCCAUUGGCGCUGAAUGUAACAGAACAAGGAGAACUGCUGACAUCAGCGCAAGAUUAUUUAAAUAACUUCAAUCCAAGCAACACCGAUACGGCUAUCGGCAUGAAUUGUUAUCCUAAUAAUACAUAUCAAAACGUAUCGCAAGAAGGAACUCUUCUUGCAAAUGUUGCCGUACCACAACAGUACUAUACAUCAGCUCAAGCUUCUGGAAUCGGAAUUUUACCGAGCCCAAGCGAUUCUGAAAUAUCCUCCAACGGCUCUUCAAUGAAUGAUGUAAAUAUUAUUGAUGGGGCUAUCAUUGAUGCUCGACAAACAGGCACACCGCAAUUUCCGCGACAUUCCGGUACAGUGCAUCUUUGGCACUUCAUCCGUGAGUUGCUGGAUCAUCCGAAACAGUACAGUUCAUGUGUAAGAUGGGUUGAUAGGCAGGAAGGGACUUUCAAAAUAGAAUCGUCGCACCACCUGGCUCGUUUUUGGGGUCAGCGCAAAAAUCGAGCCCAGAUGAAUUAUGAUAAAUUGUCACGAUCGCUGCGACAAUAUUACAAGAAGGGUAUUAUUCAGAAACCGGAGAAAAAGCAACGACUUGUUUACAAGUUCCUUCCGCCUUAUAACUUGUAA